UGAGAGGAUGCUCAGUUAGCUAACACAAGAUAACUACAAGCUAAUGUAAGAAGCUACAAGCUCUUCACUGCAGUGCUGCAUGCAUACGGAUUGAAAAGGAGUCAAUUCACUCCCUUAGGCUUAGCCUGUGCCAAUGGCAGACCGACCCACUAGAACCACAGGACAGCCUGGAAAGUUCUACCAUGAUGAUGCAAAGCUCCACAAGCUGUGUCAUGAUGGAAAUCUCGGUAAAGUCAAGAAGUUUGUUGAAAAACUGAAUAAUGAUGAAUUAGCCGAGAAGCUAUCGAACAGGAAAGGAGUAUUUGGAUACACGCCGCUGCAUGAAGCCGUCGCUAGCGGUAAAUCUGAAGUACUGGACUAUGUGCUGAAAAAAACUGGCAACGCUCAUGUGAACGGUAGAGCGAACAGUGGUUACACUCCACUGCAUCUUGCAGCCAGUAGCGGACACAAAGACUGUGUAAAAACCCUGCUAGAUCACGGUGCAGACAUUGCAAUUAUCGAUGAGUAUGGUAAGACUCCGAAGCAAACGGCAGAGCUAAGCUCUAAAGGAAGCAUUGUUCGGUUACUUAGAAGUGAAGAAAUCAUCAAAGAAGUAGAGAACAAUGGAGACAAACUCACCGACCUUCUACGAAACGGUGCCGAUCAGCUUGAACCGAAUUGCCUCCCUCGAGCGCUGAAAGCCGCCACAAGAAACGACAGCCAUCACAACAUAGGAAAGCUCAUAGUCAAAGGAGCUACUAACUUGGAGGAAUGUAUGGACAUAGCCAUCACUGAAAAGAAGCCUCAUAGCCGAGCCAUGCUUCUACUUGUCAAGGCCGGCAUUACUGGAAACAAAUCGAUUAUCCAGAAACUGUUUGGAGAUCCAGUGAGCAACCUCGGCAGUUUGGACCCGAGAGAGUUUAUGGACGAUCAGGAGGUUCAAAAUGGUGUCAUCAGUGGCAAAGUCUCAACAGUGGUUCCCAUAGAAAUUGCCCGCAGAAACGGCAACGGACAAGUUCGUGAAGAAUUGCUCAUCAAAACGGAUGUAAAUCGAGAAGAAGCAUCUGUGUUCUGGCAUGGUCUUCGUCUUCUCUCUCUGGAUAUUUCGUGGCUGCGACGAAUCAGCUGGGUGAAACGCCUCCGACUGGCGAGAAAUGGAUUCAAGAGCUUACCUCAGGAAAUGGGAACAUACCUGAAACAGGUUGUGAAGCUCGAUCUCCAGCACAAUGAAUUGGGCUCAAUACCACGCUGUCUUCUCGAACUACCAAGUCUCGGAGAACUGAAUCUAGCUCACAACUUACUCGAAGAAAUUCCCGAUGUUGCCGAAUGGUCGCCUUGCCUGACAGUGCUUGACCUCUCUCACAACCAGCUCAGCGGCAUGCCCAUCAAUGUGAUUGCCCCAGCUAUAAGAUCACUCAACCUCAGCUUCAACCUGUUCCGUCACGUGCCUCUCUGCAUUUGCUCCUUCACAACCCUCCACUCUCUUAACCUCAGUGAGAACCAAGACAUUCUUCAGCUACCUGCAGAAAUGGGACGUCUAAGCCAGCUCUCUCGCCUAGGUCUUCUGGGACUGAAAGAUCUCAACGAUCCUCCACGGAAUUUACUCAAGGAACCAAGAGAUUGCAUUCGCUACCUCAAUAGCAAGCUCCGCUGUGCCAAAGGGUUCUACAAAAUGAAACUCAUGCUCGUAGGUCAGGCCAAUCGUGGAAAAACGACUCUUGUUGCACGGCUUCAAGGUAAAGACUGCGGAAACGAAUCCACUGUGGGUGUCGAUGUUAGCGAAUGGUGGUACAAACCAAGCCUGGGCAAAAACAAAUUUCAAUUCAGCAUCUGGGAUUUUGGAGGACAAGAGGAGUACUACGCCACACAUCAGUGCUUCUUGUCGGAACGAUCGCUCUACCUCCUUCUAUUCAACCUGAAACACGGCGAAAAAGGAGUGCAUGAGCUCAAACCAUGGCUGAACAACAUUGCUCUCCGUGCCCCUAACUCGUUGGUGAUUAUCGUGGGUACCCAUCUUGAUCAAGUCAAGGACGAAGAGAGAACUGGUGUGGAUGCUACCCUACAAUGUGCCGGGCAAGUAGCCGGAGCAUACUGCAAUAAACUGAAGAUUGCCGAAAUUAUGCCUGUUGGACUAACCGGACGAAUCGAAAACAUUGGUCUUCUCAAAGAGGCAAUCUACAAUCAUGCUGCGAACUACACCACACGUAGAGGCCAGCCCAUCAUGGGCCAGAAAAUUCCAGCAAGCUAUCACACUCUUGACAAACGCCUCGAGGGCAUACAGGAGCAAGUACGGCGGGGAGAUCUCGAGCCGAUAAUGCACUCAGAGCAAUUCAAGUCAAUGGUCCUCCAGAUGAAUCUACCUGACAUGCACGAUGAUGACGAAUUGAAAACUGCCACUCUUUUCCUCACAGAUAUCGGCUCACUGCUUCACUAUGACGAUAGAAGCCACAAUCUCAACGAGCUCUACUUUGUCGACCCAAGGUGGCUCUGCGAUAUGAUGUCCAAAGUGGUCACGAUCAGAGAAAGAAAUCCGUUUAUCAAGGGUGGAAUUCUGCACAGCAAAAACAUUCCCUUCUUAUUCCGAGACAAGCGAUUCCCAUGGGAACGCUACGAGCAGUAUCUAGCUCUUCUGGACAAGUUUGAGAUUGCCCUACCUCUCGACAACAAACGAGUAUUGGUCCCCUCCAUGUUGGAUCUAAAUCGCCCGAAAGAAGUUGAAGAAGAGUACCAUGAAUUGAAAAGCAAACCUCUCUAUACCCGCUUCAUCAUAUUCAAGCAGGCGACCACACCUCCCGGCUUCUGGAGCCGACUACUGUCUCGGGUUAUGCAUUCGGUACAGAAGGUUGUCAUUGCACUCGACAAAAUAGUUUUAGACAUUCCCGAGCUUGACCUCGAGACGUCUCAGGAGGAUACGCCCUCGGAAAUCUCAGACGUGACUUCUGUUCCCCCUACAAGUAUUUCGUCAUCGUAUCCUCCUCCCUCGUUUGAGUCUCAGAUCUCCUCCGAACCUCAACCAAACUCUCUCCAAUGGGAAGCCGACUCCCAGUACUCGGACGAGCUACAAAGCCCAACAUCCCCACCUGAAAAUGGCCCUACAGUUAUUACUGGCCCUGUGAAUCACGAAGUUUUGGAUAGCAAUUUAUCUCUGCUACCAAAUUUCCCCGGCCCACUUCCAAUCAGCCUCGAGGACCCUGAACGCUCCCCAGAAGAUGUCAAGCUUCUCUACUGGCGUGAAGGACUAUUUUAUAGAGACCCUGAUGUCGUUUUUCGAAUUGAAUCUCUCUCAACCUCCCAGCAUUUCAGCAAAGAGAAGGGUGAUGGCGUACUAUUAAGUGCAUCUCCCAGCAACGAUGGUAAACAAGUUAUUGGCCAGCUAGUCGACAUUGUUAUUGCCCUGGUUCAAGAGUGGUACCCUGGGCUUGCUGAAACCAACCAAGGUGGCGGGGUUGAGCAGAGAGUGCCGUGCUUUGAGUGUGUCAAACUAGCAAGAGCCAAACCUUUCGAGUUUUUAGUUGAGCAGUGCCUUACCGUGAUUUCAAGAAAUGAAACUAGCAUAGAAUGUGGAUAUUUCAGAAACGAUCCAGCCAAAAACCACACUGUUGAACUCACCGACAUUGUUCCUGAUCUACUACUUCAAGACAUCGAAACUAAGUUUCUCCUGAAGAAAGAAGACAUCAUCUACGAGGAAGAUGACGCAUUCCUUCUCGGAAAGGGUGGAUACGGAAAGGUCUACCGUGGAAAGUGCCAUGGCAAACAAGUAGCCAUCAAGAAAUACCUCACCAGAAAUGAGGAAGCAUUCACAGAACUGAGAUCAGAAGCUAAACUACUGCAACAGUCUCAUCACCCUUGUUUCGUUUGCCUGGAGGGUGUGUGUGUGUACCCAAUGAUGGCUCUCGUCCUUGAGUUAGCUCCUCUUGGAUCACUUUCAUUUUCUCUACUGAAAAAGAAGAUACCGAUACAUCGGCUCACUAUUUUCCGAAUAGCAUUGGAAGUGGCGGCAGCUCUUCGAUUUGUCCACAAACAAGGAAUAGUAUUCCGAGAUCUCAAAGCUGACAACGUUCUUCUUUGGACAUUGAAUCCGGAUUCACUCUGCCACUGCAAAAUCACCGACUUCGGUAUUGCCACCCAUCUCUCCCCAGUCGGUGCUAAAGGCCUACAGGGCACAAAAGGUUUUAUCGCUCCUGAAGUUCUACACAUUGGCAAGAGAAAGCAACGAUCUGCCUACGACCACAAAGCCGACACAUUCUCGUUUGCAAUGUUCCUCUACCAAAUGAUUGCUCGACGGCACCCCUACCACGAUAUAGCAGGCCACAGGAUCGACGCAUCUGUUGAAAGUGGAGAGAGACCCAAACUUCUGGAUGUGGAUCAUGCUCAUUUUGCAUUCUACUACCUGACAAAGCUUAUGGAGAUUUGCUGGAAAGACAAGUCUACAAAACGACCAGAGGACGAUGCUAUUCUCAAGAAACUCUGCCUUUCUCCCAUGCAAAGCACAAUGGCAGUCACUCCCAUCAAAAGUCGAUUUUCACUCCGAAAAGCGAUAGCCAUCACCCCUACCGAUUUCAUAAAAGCAAAUGUCGUGAAUCGCAACUAUAACGAGUUGUGGGUGUGUUGUGACGGAGCAGAAGGAGCGGAGAUCAACAUGUACAAUACUCACACUAUGGCCAAGGUGAACAAGAACUUCAUCAAAGACAACCAAGUCCAAGCCAUCAUCAAGUGUGGCGACCACCUCUGGAUUGGUUCUCGUGCUGGAAUCGAGUAUGGAGUUGUGGACAUCUUCAGCAUUCAGACAAAAGAGCUCGUCCAUAACAUACGAAUGAGAGAGAAUUCAGUUUCGUGCAUGUCAUGUACUGACAAGGCAGUCUACAUUGGCACUCUUGAGGGCUACUGUUUCCGAUUUAUUAGCAACAUUGAUGAGGUCAGAAACAACGCCAAACCUUGCUACAGGUAUGUCUCUGAGAAUGCAGUGGAUGGAAUCACUUGUACCCAACAGUGCGUCUGGGCAUCACACACAAGAUACAUCUACUUUAUGAAUUUCGACAACCUUCACCUGGAAGGCUCGAUCCAGCAAGAAAAAGAUGCCUACAUUGGUCAACUAUCCCCCUCUCCUGACGGUAAGACCAUCUGGAGUGCCCAUCUUGGAGGUACACUUCUUACCGCCUGGGAUGCUCAUCAAAAGUGUCACUGCUUUGACGUUGACACAAAUGAUCACUUGAACGACAUCUGUGAAGGCAUCAAUGAGAAGGACCGAAUUAUGACUGCAAUGGUACCUGCUGACGACUGUGUGUGGGUGGGUAUGGCCACAGGGCAUAUACUGGUAUUCAGCGAAGAAGAGCUCCUCACUUGGUUUCAUCCGUACACAGAGUAUGUUCGCUUCCUCACUGUACUUCCGUGCUCUGGACCAUGUGAGAUGGAGCAAUGUAUGGUCGCCAGUGGAGGCAAAGGCUUCCAAUCUAUGAUCGAGGAUCUUGACCCACAGGCGGCGACAAGAGUGGAUGAUAAAGGCCAAUUACAGAACGAGGUGCCCGACAGUAAGGGAGGUUACUUGGUUCUCUUUGAAGCAUUCUCCUCAAAGACAUACCGACAGAUGAGGUUUAUUGAACAAGGCACUCCGGAGAUUUUCGAUAAUCACCAUACAGUUAGUCAAGUUAUCCGACAGGGAGAUUUUGUGGAUGGUACUCACCUCUUGAAGAUGUCCAGACCUGCAGAUAUUUCAUUUGCACAAGAGUCAACUGCAGAGCCUGAGAUUCUCUACACCCCUGAUCUGGAUGCACAACCGUACCACGAUACCAGCUAUGAUACCCAUCCCAGUGAAAUUGAAGAACCGAAAACCGAUGCAGUAUUUGGAAACACAAACGCUAGUUUUGAUGUAAGCAACAGCCUCCGGAAAGGAGAGUCGAACUUCUUUGAUCCCACCACUCGAAGAACUGGGUUUCCGACCAGUACAGGUACAACACCCUCCAUUCCUGAAGAGGGAGUUUUUGACAGUGGCUAUAUCGGGCCUAUCAUAAACGUGUUGUCGACACGCCAACGCACUGCUACUAUUGUCAGCAGUAGCGUCUCUGGAUCUACGGAUGAGGUGUUUGAAGUCAAGCUACUGGAUAGCCAAAUAGAUGACGAGCAGCCUCCGCGAAGUAUUCGCAUCACCUGUCCUAUUCCCCCCCAGCUGAAGGUUGUCCUCAGUCAGCUGCAAGUAAAUGCUUCAGUGAGCGAAGACAACUGUAAACUGCUCUACUACGGUGCAGAUGGAAAAGAAGUUCGACUGAGAAGUCAAGAACAAUUUGUUAGGUAUCUGCAAUUUGAAAGAUCUUCGCAGUUAUGGUUUGGAACAGUAACUGCUACUAAUGUUAGGGUUGUUACAUAGAUAUACCAGUACGUACAUUUCAGCGUAAAUGUUUAGUUGUAUUUAUUAAUUUUGUGAUUUAUUAUUGUGUAUUAAUUUUGUACUCUUUGUGUGUUUUGCAUAGUCACCCUCGAAAAAACA